AUGACUUUCUAUUAUAAAGGACAUGAAGAAAAAAUUCCAGAAGUAAAAUGUUGGUAUGCAAAAACAAUAGUGUAUGAUGCAAUAAAAGCUGGCAGUAUAGAUGGCACUGAUAAAGAACCACACGAUGCUGGAAUUGUUAGGGCAUUAAAUUCCAAUUAUAAAACGCCUUACAAGGCAAAAGGAAAUCCUCUAAAUACAAUAUUUGUUGGCAGACUAAGCUUAGAUACAACGGAACAAGAUUUAGAAAAUGAAUUUUGUCGCUAUGGUAAAAUGAUAGCUUUAAGGCUGGUUAAAGAUUUAGUAACUGGUUUAAGUAAACGAUAUGCUUUUAUAGAGUAUGAAACAUUUAAAAUGGCAUUGAAUACUUAUGCACUUUGUAAAAAACUAGUACUAAAGAAUUCUGAGGUAUUUGUGGACUUUGAAUGUGAACGAUUACUACCUGGUUGGAAACCUCGAAGAUUAGGUGGAGGUUUUGGAGGUGAAAAACAAUCAGGUCAACUUAGAUUUGGCGGCAGAGUAAGAAGUUUUAGACCACCUUUAAAUCUGGACGACUUUAAAUGGAAUAUACCAAAUAAUAAAAAAGACAGAGAAAUUAGAAAAUCAAUUAGAACUCAAUCUACUAGAAACAUUCAUUCAAAUUCUGUUAGCGUUUCAACUACAUCUGCGCCUUCAAUUAUAUCAUUACCAUUAACACCACCAUCACAACCAGCUAUAGUUUUACCAUUAACACCCCCUUCGUAUUCAAAUGCACUGUUACCAUUAACACCACCUUCACAAUCAAUAAUUGUCUUACCAUUAACACCACCUUUAAAUUCAACUGUCACAUUACCAUUAACGCCACCAUCUCAUUCAACUACAUCUUUACCUUUAACGCCACCCCCAAAUUCAAUUCCACCUUCUUGA